CCGGUGGCGCACUAAAUGUCGCAAUCGGUCGCCGUCCGUUUGAACGCGACGUUGAGGAAGGGGCCGAACACUUUCUCUCGACUUCACGGCGCGAACCAGCAGCAGCCAGGUCUACGGACUUGGAGGAGCACUCGGCCACGAGUUUUUACCAAAGGAACAGCUAGUCCGCCGUCACGUAGUUUCCCACCUUGUGUUCCUCUGCCUCGCGACUGUCACGUAGAACAGCGUCCAGAAAUGCAAAUAACACGCGCGUUUUUCAUCCUGGGAUGUUGCUUCCUUGUGAUGACAUUGGCGAACGCGGCACCGUCUCCAGAGGAACCUGCCUUCCAUCUUCCGGUACAGCUGAUCGGCUUCCCCGUGAUCACUAUCGCUGUCAGGCUCACUAAUUUCGUGAAGAAGCUCGCGUACUCGUUGAAUCCAGAGACUUACGUCAGCCGAGUGAGACGAGAUCUGCCUCUGGUGCACGACGAAGAGAUACUAGACGUUGGACAAGUGGAGAAGAAACUGAUAUCGGAGCUGGGCAGUAACGUUUGCGUUUACGAGAGGAUCUGCGCCAAGUACGCAGCCGAAACGCUUCAGAAACGAAGCGGCGAACGAGCUUUGGACUGGGACGUCGUUUUCAGCGAGUAUUAAUUAGACACGUAUGGU